AUGGCCAGCCGCGAUAUAGAUUUCGUAUUUGGUAGGCUUAUUUUGCAUUUCUACUAUUGUUUGCAGAAUUACGACUUUUUGGAAGAAGUGAUGGCCAUGAUGUACUCGCCACUUCACUUCUACUGCUUUGUCAUUGAUAGCAGCGCGUCGCCAAGGUUUGAGGAACUGGUGCGAACCCUUGGGCGGUGUGUCCUAAACAUUAUUGUACCGCCGAACACUUACGACACUAGCACUGCUCGUGGUACAUUCUUAGCCAUCAACUCUUGUUAUGUGGGAAUGGAAGACUUCCCUUGGAGGCACACCAUUAUUUCAGAAGAAAGUGAGAUUCCUAUACAUUCGGUUCACUACAUUGCUGAUAAUGCUAAAAGACUUCGUGACGCUGCGCGAAUUGGGAGAGUGACGAUCUCUGAGGAGCACGCAAGAAUCCUCGGUGACGAUGACUUUUUUCAAAGCCAGCCACCAGGACCAAGUUGGCUUGAUAAUCGACGCUUCCCACUGGUAUUGCCGAGGAGUUUUCAAAUCCCGCUACUGAAAUUCGUGGGCGGACAAAACUUUGAAAAUUGUCAAGUAAGUGCUUUGUUCCACACGAAAUCGAGUAAAUUGCUUCUUUCCGUCUGUGCCUGUGGAAGGCCCUCUUGA